AGUCAGGCGAGGCACCGGAGCCACUUUCCCAGCAGAGCUACAGCAGCAGGCCGUCUUCCCUUAGCCCCAAAAGCCUAAACCUAAAGAUGCAGGUCCACCAGGCUGUGUUUGGAGCCGCCGUGCUCGGCAUGCUGUUGGCCUUCGGCUGCUCCCUGCCCGUUUUGGAUGCCAGCUCCGGCAUCGACAACGCCACCAUCGAGGAGCUGAGGAACAGCGUCAACGAUACGCCCAAGAAUCUCUAUGUGGUCAAGGCGGUGGUCUAUGAGAUCGGCAUCCUGACGGAGGUGGGCGAGAAUGACACCAGUUUCGAGAGCCAGGAACGCGUGGAUCUGACCUUCUACGAUACGCACAGCAACAAGAGCCACAUUGACCUGGGCAACAUCCCGCUGCCCAUCCAGACCAAUGUCACCGGUCAAGUGCUGACCGGCAUCGCACCUGUGAAUCUGGGAGCCUUCAGCAGUCCCCAGGAACUCCUGGAAACCCUGCCCCUCACCGGAAGCAUUGUGAACAUCACGCACAGCGACACCGCCUUCUAUCAACUGAGCAGAUCGAACACCAGUGCCGCGGACAAGCCACAGGUUCUGGAUCAGGAUGCGCUGUCCAAGCUCACACACGCGGCCCAGUUGUUCCCGCCAUCGUCGCAAAUUGGCCAGUCGGUGCCAGUGAACCCAGCUGCCGAUAACGAGGUGCCCCAGACGGAACCCGAGGAUUAGGCUUACUCCGCGGAAUCUCAUCGUGAUGCAGUGCGUUGCUCUCCAAGCAAUCUAUAAAUACGUAUACUCUAGAUCUACUUAGUUUUAUGGCUUCACACUUAAGUACCUACAGUGCUAGAAAAGACUGGACGAGGACAAGAGAUCGGCAACAUUGCCUUGGUCACAUCACAAGGUUGGAAUUUCACUUUUCUAUGGCAAAGUAAAAAUAAAUUUCGCAUUAGUGCUAGGUAAA